AUAUGUCUCUAUCAGUCCAUCACACUUAACACAAACUUCCAAAUUGUACCCUCUAUAUGCUAUUUUCGAUCAUUUAAAAGAAGAAAGAAAGAAAGAAAAAUCUCCAAACCCAGAAAUCUCACAACAUUCCCCGCCAGUUAAACUCCCCACCACAAUCAGCAUAAAACUAAAAAUGGAGUUGUUUUUAUGUACAAGGCAUGUGAUACCAACAAUUAAACAUUGUGAUGCAAUUAAUCAUAAUUACCCAGUAAACCCUUUUCACCUUCGAAGAUUUCAUGUCCAUUUUCGCCCCUAUCGCUUUCUUGCACCUUCAAAGAAGUCAUCUUUCCAAGAUUUUCAGGAAUAUGCAAAGCCUAGACGACUUUUGCCUACAAAGGAGCUGAGCACUUUCAGGGACGAAUCACCUGACAAAUUCAUCUCAACUCUUCAAACAGAUAGGUCAAAUUCUUUGUACAAGGUCCUGCUGAGAACAAGUUCAAUGUAUGGAUCGGACCUAAGUGACCAGAAUGCAGGAAUACUUGUCUGUUUAAUUGACGAACAUGGUGAUUCAAUAUUGGAGAGAAUUCCUGCCAUUCUAUGUCAAGACCAUUUUCAGCAGUCAGAGGACGCUGUCACUUCUGAUGUUGUCCGCUUUCAAAAAGGUUCCACCGAUGAAUUCAUAUUUUGGGGACCUAAAUUGGGAAGAAUUCAAGCUCUGUGGAUAAGUCUUGAUUCAGGUAGUUGGAGAUUAGGCGGUGCAAACUUGACAGUUACCAGUGCUUAUGACCACCAAAGGGAAGAAUCUAGUACACCUCAGAGUAUGUAUUGCAGUGUCAUUUACAAUUUCGAAGUUGAAGAUGUUAUGCUCGGGGAAGGUACUGACUUGACAAUGGCAGAACUUCGCCCAUGUUUGGUCACAGAGCAUAUUGGAGCUGAUUAUGUCUCUUUUUUUUAUGAAAGUUCUGCACAAGAUGUAUCACGUGCAGAAAAGGGAUUAACAAAUGAAGACAGCAUGAGAAGUUAUGCAGAUUUGAAAUUCUCUUUGUUACUAUAUGAUUCUAUGCUUGUUUUUGCUGGCACCUCCAUUACUUCCAUCAGUGCAGGUCAGGAUACCGCCUUAGCCUUUUUAACUGGGGGUAUCGGUGGCUUCAUGUACCUGCUUCUCUUGCAGAGGUCUGUGGACACGUUACCGGCUCCUGAAUUAGCUGCAACCAGCAAGGGAAAUAACUUCAACAGGCUGUUUGGAGGAGUCAAAGGUCCAAUAGUGGUGUUCGUGUUUGCGGUUUCUAUUGCCGUUCUAGCAAUGAAGCACGACAAACCGGAUUUCGGAGCAGCAUUAACUUCGAGAGAAAUCGUGGCGGGAAUGGUUGGUUUUCUUGCUUGCAAAGUUUCAGUAGUAUUGGCAGCUUUCAAACCUGUGUCAAUGGGCAUGGAAGAUAAUGAUUGAUGUAUCUUUCUGCUCUCUAUAUGUAGGGCUUGUUCAGGACUUCAGGUUCUGAUUUCCCCACUUCUUAUGUACAAAAACUUUGUUAAUGAUGUAUACUUUUUAAUAUUGAA